AUGUCAAGAGUCCCACCCGGAGCCCUGCCCCCUGGAAAGGGGGCAGGGCUAACCCUGGGGAGUGUCCCUGAAUCAGGGUCAUCAAAACUCAAACCCAAGGCCUCCCCAGGUGGCACACCCCCAAGAGGGGUGCCCGGCCUGGGGGGAGGGAUCGGGACGGGUCGAAACCCCCCAGAGCCCCGUGGACCUCGCCGCUUAGCGGGGGUCCGUGAGGAGGGCGAGGGAGAGGGAGUCAAAGACCCCCUUCCCUUUGAGGGCCGUGCUCCUCUCCUCACCUUCUUCAUCUUCUUGCCGCCGGUGCCGGGAGAAGAGGAAGGCAUCCCGGGGGCGAAAGGGUUUGGCCCAAUGGGGGCAGAACUACCCGCACCCCGACACGGGGAAGAACCGGGCCGGGGACUAUGA